CCGCCCAAGCGCCGCGUAUAAAUGCUGCCACCGACAUCCUUGUGGGCCACUCCGGACUUGUUGCACUUUCUGCUUUCGCGCUCCCGAGCCGUUCCAAGUUUGAAAAGUUCCCGCUUGCCGACGUACAAGAUCUCAAAAUGCUGAGCAAGAGCUACGUUAUUACCAUCGCUCUGGUGCUGGCUGUGGUUUUCCUGGCCGAAGCCAGGGAGGAGGGGCCGCAUGACAUGGCCGAUGCUCUCCGCAUGCUGCAGGAACUCGAUCGCUAUUACACUCAAGCUGCUAGACCAAGGAUUGACCGCCGAGAUGUUGACGCGGACGGGGACCGCGUCGACCCAGACUUGUUAGAUCGGGCCGUGCGCCUCCUCUGGCUGGAGAAACUAGACCGCAUUUACUCCUACCACACCCGACCAAGGUUUGGCAAGCGUUCCGAUGCCUUCACGAACUGGGCCAAAGACCUUGAAAAGCCGGACCUCCCCGCCUGGCUCGCGUACGCCCGAAGGAGAUGAGCCGAUGAAGCACCAAGGGAUCUACAAUAAAUAAAAAUCAAUGUAUCUUGAUCAGUGUUAUAAUGUACCAUUAAAAUUUACCAUUGAUGUAUUUAGUUACACCCUAAUUCCAUUAGACUCAAUGUUAAUCUAGAAUAGUGUUAAUAAAUAAAAUUCCAAAAGAUUUAUCUUGUCUAUGAUUAUUUAUUUUUAAAUUUUUAUAUUUUCGUAUUUUGCGGAUUACGUUUCUGGGGUUAUAUUUUAUUUUUUUGAAUUUAGAACAUUGUCGUAUUUCAAAUGUUAUGUAGUUGGUUUCAUUAUCAGUAAUCAAUAAUAUAUUAUGUACUUUUACGGAUCAAAUAUCUUUGUAAUGUUAUUAAUACAAGCAAUUCAUAAAACGUAA